AUGGCCGGCAAGUUCGAUGAUGACGAGUACGUUGCGAAUCUGCUGAAGCAGGAUGCGCAGAGCGCAACCAAGCGGUACGAGCUCGUAGGCAUCGAUGCUUUCAAUCCCAAGAGGCCGAAGUCCGGAGCCCCCAAACCCAACAAGGGCUUUCUAAGACACCUCCUCCACCAAACCGACAGCCACAAUGCGGCGCUACUCGCAAAGGAAGCCGAGGAAUCGAAUACGCGGCUCAGGCUAAUGAAUCGAGAGAAGGAAAGGGAGAUACGGAAGGAAGAGAACAGAAAGCUGAAAAAGGCAGAAGGGCGACUCACCCCAGUACGGAGCGAGGACGAAGCCUACCACAGACCCACAAAGCGAAGGAACGAUCACAGUGAGGAUGACCACCGACGUGAUGGACGAUAUAAGAAGAGGGACCGGGAUGACUCAAGGGACGCGCGAUCUGGAAAGCACAGGGACGAACACCGGCACAAGCGGCGGCAUGACAGCAGCGACGAAGAUCGAUCUGUGCGGAAGCGGAGACAGCCUAGAUCCUACCACGACCAGGAUCGCCGACAUAGACAUAGCAGCAGGGAGGAGGACGACAGAUCCCACACGACAGAACGCACAGAUCGCAAGCACAGAAGACGCAGGUCAUACUCCAGGUCUACGUCACGAUCACGAUCACAAUCAGACAGAGAUACGAAACGGCAUAGACACCGACACCGCUCACGCAGUCCUCGCCCCAAGCCUCGAAACUCCAGAUCAGAUCCAACCACCAAGUCGCGACAACGCACUGCGUCUCCCGCGUCAGACUCGGACCCCCUCGAAGCCCUCGUAGGACCCCUCCCACCACCAACGGUACGCGCCCGCGGCCGGGGCGCCCACAAAGCCAACAAUGCAACAGGGGGCAUCGAAUCGCGCUUCUCCUCUACAUACGAUCCCUCCAUCGACGUGCGACCGCACUCCGAUGCCGAAGACAAUUGGGGAGAUGCCCUCGAAGCGUUCCGCGACAGGCAGCGGUGGAAGCAGCAGGGCGCUGACCGGCUCAAGGCUGCUGGCUUCUCGGACGCGCAGGUGAAGAAGUGGGAAAAGGGCGAUGAGCAGAAUGAGGAGGAUGUGGUGUGGACGAGUAGAGGGCAGGCGAGGGAGUGGGAUCGAGGGAAGGUUGUUGAUGAAGAUGGGGAUGUGGAGCUGAAAGCGGAUUUUGGGCGGUUGAAAUGA